CCCAGAUACACCGUGCACAAGCCAGUUUGCCAGAGCUGGCCUUGCAGUGACUCGCGCUGUCUUCAAUCGAUCAUCAUGAUAGUGUCGUGAUGGAAUCCGGUAGCCUCAUCGUCAACCAUUCGCCCGCCACUAUAUCGAGAGCAUUUCUGAAUGAGCGUUCCUCCUCGAUGACAAUUCUUCCAUCACAUGGAAAGCUGCAUCAACAUCCUCCGAGAAUGUCACAACUGGAAACCUUAGAAGCAAAGAUGGCGAACAUUGAGGUGUCGCUGUGUGCCGGAACCCCACGAAGAAGAAAAGGAACAUCCUUGGGAGGGUCCUUGUCGGCUCGCUCCUCACCUCGACCGGAAUCGGCACCCUCACGUGAACUCCGAUCAGCCCUACAGGAUCGUGAAGCGGUCAUACAGAGCCUGCGGCUGCAGCUCGGCUUGGGAAAGCUGCCCCGCCCGACAGGACCUCCGCUGGAUGAAACUGAACGACCGGUGGCCGAACAGCGCCUAGCGAAGUUGAAAUCGGACGCCGAAACGAAGCGACAUGUGAUCAAAAGCUUGAAAUCAGCGCUGGAAAAGCUCGACGUGACGGAUAACAUCGACGUACGCAUCCGGCAGGCCGAGCUAGAGUACGCCUUGGGUCGCGAAGAGCUGCAGCUGUUGUCGUUGGUCGAAGAAGCGCGGGCUCUUCAGGGUCGGCUAGAUAAACCAAAACACGAACCAAAUACACUGCACGGUCUGCUGCAGUCGGGCGCCAGUCUAAGCCUGUUGGCUGUCCGUGCAUCGACGGGCCGUUGGAAUGCCAGCACCCGGAAUGAACAGCCCGGCUUCUGGGUCGACUGGGUAUUGGAUGGCGAGAGUCUUCAGCGAGGAGAUCGCAUCAUUGAGAUCAACGGUAAAGCGAUCGGAGGGCGCAACCGUGAGGAGAUGGUGCGUGCUAUCGGUUCUCAUUCCAAAUCGGAUGUGGUUGUGGCAAGAGUUCGCAAAACACCACCUAGCGGCUUGGGAGCCUUGUCUCAGCAGUCACUGCAGCAAUCGCAAGCGGACAAUGUUCGACUACAGCAUCGCAUCUCGUACCUCGAGGAUCAAGUGAAGGAGUUGCUGACUGCGAAGGAACACGGAACGAUCCGCACCGGUGGGGUGGCCGUGAACGGAAGUGGCGGAGCGCACAUCACGUCCAUUAGCAUCACGUCUCCACCGUCGACGCCUCCGGAGGGUAAAACACCACAACCACCGCACAUUUACAACUACAUCGACGAGCGAGGAUCACCGCCACGUAACGGCAGCCCAGGACACGUCACGACGACCACCAUCAUUAAGGAAUGCGAUCGAAUCAACGGCGAGCUGACGAACGGCGGAUCAGACGUGCUGAAGUACAACCUCAGGAACUCGCUCUCAUCGUCGAAGAUCUGUAUUAAUGGCGGUGUCAGUGAAUCGCUGGCGGCUCAGUACUACAGUCGUAAGGAACGGGACAAGCGUGAGCGUGAGUCACGUCGGUUGGAUCGAGAACGCUACUUGCAGCAGUUCGGAGCGAAGCUGCAGCGCAGCACUACCGAUCUGGAAAACGACUCCGAUCGGGGUCGGUUGCUGCAACACAGCCACAUUCGCAAUCACGCCCGUAGUGUGGAGCACUUGAACGGUGACCGGAAGCGUUUGGUGGCGGCGGCCACAAUCGACAGUGCCACGACGGGACGUCGAGGUGACAUUCGCACGGUGAAGAGUCUGGACUUUGAGUCCGAUACGAACGAUCAGUACGCUUCGGAACCGUCUGGACCGGUGGGAAAGCAUGGUGUUGGUGUACGGCCCGCACCACCUAAGAAACCGCUGCGUUUGUCGUUGCAACGCGCCCAGAGCCUGCAGACUGUGGAUGGGUUGAUGCUGGAAGCGAUGAACGCUGCCAACGGGCAUGAUAGAAAGCGGGCGAUGAAACGAUCUCACAAGAGUGGCACCAAAGCCAUUGACUCGAGCGUGACGGCCACGGUGCAAUACAUCGAGAACAGCGUCCCGAUGCAGACGGCUUCAUUGGGCCGGCAAAAGUAUAUUUAAUGUGGCACGGGAUCUUGGGGUCUGGCAAAUUGUUAUCUUGCGUACUAUUACUGAGACAAUGGGGGAGAUUUAUUGGCAACCCCUUAAAAGAAAUGAA